CAAUGUAUAGUGAACUGGGUAAAGAGAUAAGGAAGCCAUCUAUGUCAAAUGAUUGAAGAUGGCAGCCUCCAUCAGUCCAUCCUACAUGCAGCCACUUUUACAUUGCUGAACUGCGCGGCCAAUCAGCGAGCGCCCUCUCAAGUUGCAAGGCAGCAGUUGUCGGUUUGCCGGGCUGCUUGAGUCAAGGAGUGUGAAUUCAACGAGGUGUCACGGGUUUUUGAGUUGUCACUCAAGUCGGCUCACUCGUGACAAGUUAACACUCGGCUGAACUGUCACUUAACUGCACGGCAUGGCGUUGUCAGGAUAUCAAGUGUUGCUCAUCGGAGGAAUGUUGUUAACCGGCAGCAUUAAUACUCUUAGUAAAAAAGCACAGAACGAUUGUGUGGCACCCGGAGUUGCUAACCACUCCGCAAAUGGUACAGCAACAGAACAUUCCUUCAAUCAUCCGUGGUUCCAAACAGUCAUCAUGUUUGUAGGUGAAAUGGGCUGCUUGAUUGGACUGUUUGUGGUUAGACAGCGUGAACGAAAUCGGUAUAGACGUGAGAACAUAGAGCGAUUGUCGGAAGUCUCGGGAUCAGAAGAUGUAGUGGACACGCAGCCGAGAAUCUGUCAGCUCGUCCUCGCCAUACCGACCAUCUGCGAUUUGUUCGGAACAUCGCUCGCCGGCAUCGGCCUCGUCUACGUCAACGCGUCCGUCUGGCAGAUGCUCCGAGGCUCCAUCGUUAUAUUCACAAGCAUCCUAUCCGUCGUGUUUCUCAAGCGGCGUCUGCGAUGGGUGCACUGGGUGGGCGUGGCGUUCACGACGAUCGGCCUCGCGCUGGUCGGCAUAUCCAGCGUACUCAACGAGAGCAACAAACACGAGGUAUACGAGACGGCCAUAGGAAUAUCUCUAAUACUUGGAGGCCAGCUAGUCAGUGCAACUCAGAUGAUUAUUGAGGAAAGUUUUCUAAAGAAUCGUUCAUUGCAUCCACUGCACGUUGUUGGAAUGGAAGGAACGUUUGGAUUCUUCAUCAUGAGUUUGAUCGUCCUACCGGCCAUGUUCUUCAUUCCUGGCAACGACAUCAAUGGCAACUACGAGAACAGCUUGGACGCUCUCUACCAGAUCGGCAACGAUCCCAAGCUGCUGGUCUUCUCCCUGCUCUACCUGAUGUCCAUCGCCUUCUAUAACUUCUUUGGUCUUGCUGUGACAAAGUCGUUGACGGCGGUGCAUCGUACCCUCGUAGAUGCCUGCAGGACCAUCGGUGUGUGGGUAGUCAGUCUGCUUGUCUACUACGCCUUCGACCCUAGUUUCGGUGAACCAUUUCAUAAAGCCUGGGGACUCAUACAAAUUGACGGCUUUCUGUUCCUCAUGAUCGGGACAGCUUUGUACAAUGAGUUGUUGGAUCCUGCCUACCUAUGGUACUGCUGCAAGUCACCCUCUCCCAACACCCCAGUCACCGCCAGCAUCCAGGCACGGGAUGAGAGGGCGCCACUGCUGCAAGAGAAUCGGGUGUCCCUGUACGACUGAUUUGCUGUUGCCAUGUAUAGAGGAAUUACUGUAGAUAGGAAUAUAGUAAUUCAUAUCUAUACAUGUCAUCAGAAGUGUAUCAAUACAUAUAGUGUAUUGAUACACUCCUGAUGUCAUUAGGACUUGUCACUUCAGUCUUCUACUGACGUAGACUGUUGGUUAUCAUGACUAUUGCUGAUGCUAAAUUAUGUGAUCACAUACCAUCUGUGACAUGAGGUAGAGAUAUUAAAUGAUCAACCAUUGACCUUACACUACUCUCCUGUUAUUAAAUGACUUCUCUCGACUACCUUUGAUAACUGCGCUAAUUUGUAUAUACGGCAUCUGCUUUCUUGUAUAUAUAUAUAUGUCUAUUCUCUGAUGAUUAAUCUGAUCUGAUGCAGACAGAUGUUGCUAUUAAAACACAAACAAAGAUGUUUUUAUACAAAAAUUUGUGGUAUUAUAUUUUUACCUUGGAAUUAAAAAGUUACACAUCUGGUAAAACUAGUGAGUUGAUAAUGCAGUAGUAUAACAGUGUUCUGAACUUCCAGUUGGAGCUUGCACGGUCAGUACAUUUUUGCCAUUAUUGCUUCAUUAUAAAAAUCAGCAGAAUAAUUCGAUUCAAUUGCAUACAUAAAAACAAUUGAUUUGAAAUUACUUUAACAAAAUACUGUACGCUAACUUAUAUUUAUGGCUACA